AUGUCGGCCUACACAACGAACGCCGGUGAACAAGAGACCGAAAAGAUCAACACCAAUAUUAUUACCUUAACCCGUUUCCUGACGGAAGAGCAAACUAAGCACAAGGAAGCCACCGGAGAUUUUACUCUUCUGUGCCAUGCCCUGCAAUUCUCCUUCAAGUCCAUCGCAUACUAUAUCCGCCGAGCUACACUGGUUAACCUGACAGGCCUGGCCGGUUCCUCCAACAUCACGGGCGACGACCAAAAGAAGCUCGACGUCAUCUCCAAUGACCUCUUCAUCGAAGCUAUGAGGUCCUCUGGCAGAUGCGCUCUGCUGGUGUCGGAAGAGGAGGAAGAGAUCAUCUUCUUCAAGGAUGCUACUGGCGCCCGUUACGCCGUCGCCUGUGAUCCCAUUGACGGCUCUUCCAACUUGGACGCUGGUGUUUCGGUCGGUACUAUCUUUGGUAUCCACAAGCUUCCUGAGGGCUCUACCGGCACGAAGGAGGACGUUCUGAAGCCUGGCUCGGAGCUCCUGGCUGCUGGCUUCACCAUGUACGGCGCCUCAACGCAAUUGGUCCUCACCAUGAAAGGCGGCACCGUCAAUGGCUUCACCCUUGACAACGGUGUCGGCGAAUUCAUCCUCACCCACCCCGACAUGCGCCUUCCCCAGUCCCGAGCUAUCUACUCGGUCAACGAGGGUAACUCGCUCUACUGGGAGGACAGCACGAACAACUACUUCAACUCGUUGAAAACACCGCAGGAGAACGGCAAGCCGUACAGCGCGCGUUACAUUGGUUCCAUGGUCGCCGACGCUUACCGCACGUUGUUGUAUGGUGGAGUCUUCGCCUACCCGGCAGAUAAGAAGAGCCCCAAGGGUAAACUCCGCAUCCUGUACGAGUGCGCGCCCAUGGCGUUGGUGUUUGAGAAUGCCGGUGGCCAAGCAGUAGAUAGUCAAAUGAGGAGAAUGCUGGAUGUUGUACCCGAACACAUUCACGACAGGGCUGGAAUUUUCAUGGGCAGUUUCAACGAGGUUGAGAAGGUCAAGAAAUUCCAUCAGUAA